CUGGCAACAGCUACACGGGUCUCCAGACACACACGCUGCUGCAUGUCACCGCUUUUAGAGGCUGGAGCGAACGCUGACGAGCAGCCGCCCUGCGCUGCGCGAUACGCGGCCGGUGAGGCGCACGGUGCGGGCGGACGCGCACCGUCUUACGGAGCGGGGGAGUGUCGCGCUCGGCAAUAUGUUGCAGGUCUGUGAUGCGGGCGACGCGGAGACGGUUCAGGGCGGCGUAGAAACGGCGGCUUCCCGUCAUCGGUAACUAAACGCUUAUUAGGCUCCUGCAGUGUGGCCUUGAGCGGAUCCACAGUGGGAAGAUGCUCCCCACAGACGCCCACAGACGAAUGUAAACACACAUCAGGCAGCACACAGACCAGUCAUCAGUCGGAUGAGGGCAGCCGCCUUCUCCCACAGCCGAGUGCUGUGCUAAUUCCAUCUUGGGAGAACGUGACGGAGUCCUGAGGCAGAGCCAUGGGCUGUGGGGGGAGCAGGACCGAUGCCCUGGAGCCCCGCUACCUGGAGAGUUGGACCAAGGAGACAGAGUCCACGUGGCUGACCAGCACCGACACCGAUAUCCCCCUGUCGUCCAUCCAGAGCAUCCCCUCUGACAACUCAGAGGCCGGCUUCACUUCGGAGAAAACAAUGAGCCCUGUUCCAGACUUCUUUGAAGACGGCCUUCCUCCUCCAGCGCAGGCGUACCUCAAGGUCUGCUCCGCUGUGUCUGAAGCCAGCCUGAACGACGUGAAACCCAGCAGCCCCCCGAAGCUACUGGCCUCUCCAGCCAAAGACGAAUGCCUGGCUUCGACCGGCACAACCGUGCAGCGCAGAAGUGUUUUACACACCGAAGAGAUUACAAAAUGGCAGGACAAUCGCAUGUCGACCAAGCAGGUGACCAUCACGGUGACGCAGAGCAUCCAUCAGGUGGACAAGAACGGGAAGGUGAAGAAAUCCCUCACGACGUACGAAGUCAUAAAGCCGGUGGAGAGCGUCAAACAGGCGGCGACACCAAACACCUGAGCGCGGGGUCGACGGGAAGCCAAAGAACCGCGGAAUAAAUGAACGGAUGGCUGGUCUGCUCUGGGACUCAAUCUGAUUGUCAUGAUGAAAUAGUGUAACUAGGCUGUACAGUAUUGUAGUCAACACUGUAUGAUGUAAUACCGUGGUACUCACAUCUAGGUUUAUUAGCAGAAACGUGGAAAAAUGUCAUACAAACAGUAUCAGACCAAAAUAAAUGAAGAAUGCAUCAUGUUUCACAGCGGAACGAGGACAAGCGUGUAAAAACUAUAAUUAUUACUGGUAUUAUUUCAUGAGUGAGAAUUCAUAGAAGACAUUGAACAUUUCUGUCCCAGUGAUAAACAUGUGUUCAGUUCGGCUCAGGUAACGAUUGCACUAAGUACAGUGAAGCCUGGAUGAGAGUGUGUAAUGAAGAUGUAAAGGGUCUUAUUGCGUUGUGUUGUCUUGAACAAUACAGUGUCAUUUCUCA